CCACCGCGCGACCCCACACGGGGACCACGGACACCGCCCAGGAGGGCCCGACCCCCCGGCCACCCCUGGGGCCCGAAUCCAGCAGCACCGGGGAAUUGUCGGAGUUCCAACCCGAGACAGAAAGGGCCCCAACCGAGUUUGGCGCCGCCCAACUACAAGACCCCAACCUUGCCCAGGCCUGGAAGGCUGCAGCAUAUAUCGAGGGCGUCCCACAAGACGGGGUGAGUAGACCGGCCCUACCCUAUUUCCAAGUACAGAAUGGCUUCCUGUAUCGUGUCUGCAGGAUCAACGAUGAGAAGGUGGAGCAGCUGCUGAUACCCCAGACGCACACCUCCAAGGUACUAUAUCUUGCCCACACCCACCUGUUGGGGGCGCACCUAGGGCGCGAGAAGACGCAGGAGCGGAUUAUGGCCCGCUUCUACUGGCCGGGCGUCAAGAGGGCUGUAGAGGACUACUGCCGGCAGUGUGCGACGUGCCAACUGCACAGCCCGAAGGUAACAUAUCGCAACCCCCUGAUACCCCUCCCCAUCAUAGAUGUGCCCUUUCGCAGGAUUGCCAUGGACAUAGUGGGACCCCUACCCAAGUCUAGCCGGGGCCACCGCUACAUCCUGGUGAUCCUAGACUACGCCACCCGAUACCCGGAGGCGGUGCCGUUACGGGCCGCGACAGGGAAAAGUGUCGCGAGAGAGCUUUUCCUGCUGUUUAGCCGGGUGGGGAUAGCAGAGGAGGUGCUGACUGACCAGGGGUCCUGCUUCAUGUCUGGGGUGAUGAAGGAAAUGUGCAAACUGCUACACAUCAACCAAAUGAGGACGUCAGUCUACCACCCCCAAACGGAUGGGCUGGUGGAACGGUUCAACAAGACCCUGAAGAUGAUGAUGAGGAAGAUGAUAACCACCGACGGUAAGGACUGGGAUCACCUACUGCCUUAUUUAAUGUUUGCCAUACGUGAGGUCCCCCAGGCAUCCACAGGAUACGCCCCCUUCGAGCUACUCUACGGGAGGCGGCCCCGAGGGCUCCUGGACCUCGCCAAGGAGGCCUGGGAACAGCAGCCGUCCAGACAGCGCUCCCUGGUGGAGCAUGUGGUUGACAUGGACCAACGGAUGGCGCGCAUCUGGCCGAUGGUCCGGGAGCACAUGACCCAGGCCCAGGCAGAGCAGGCCAGGCUGUACAACCGGAAUGCCCAGGUGCGUGAGUUCCAGCCCGGAGACAAGGUGAUGGUCCUGAUCCCCACGAGUGAAUGUAAGUUUCUGGCCAAAUGGCAUGGCCCCUACGAGGUGGUGGCCAAGGCGGGGCCCGUCAAUUACACCGUCCGACAAGUAGGGAGGAGACACACCCUCCAACGGUACCAUGUCAACCUGCUGAAAAAAUGGCAUGAACCUGUGCACGUCUCUGCUCACUCAUGUCUGACCACAGGGGGCGCCACCGGACCACCGGAGGUGACCACGGGAGACCAGUUGACGGAUAGACAGCGCCAAGAUCUCCGGGAGAUGGUAAGCCGGCAUACCGACGUGUUUUCCCCCCUCCCGGGCCGGACCAGGCUCGUCCAACAUGACAUCGUGACCGAGGCCGGGAAGAAAGUGCGGCUGCGACCCUACCGGAUCCCGGAAGCCAGAAGACAGGCCAUCAGGGAGGAGGUGGCCAAGAUGCUAGACUUGGGGGUGAUUGAGGAAUCCCAAAGCGCCUGGUCCAGCCCGGUAGUGUUGGUGCCAAAACCCGACGGAAGUUGGCGCUUCUGCAAUGAUUUCCGGAGACUCAACGAAAUCUCCCAAUAUGACGCCUACCCCAUGCCCCGAGUCGAUGAGCUGAUCGAGCGGCUCGGACCAGCCAGAUAUAUCAGCACCCUGGACCUCACCCGAGGGUACUGGCAGGUGCCCCUAACCCCCCGGGCGAGGGAAAAGACGGCCUUCGCCACCCCGGACGGCCUGUUCCAGUACAGAGUGCUGCCGUUUGGAGUCCACGGAGCCCCCGCCACCUUCCAACGCCUCAUGGACAAGAUCCUGAGGCCCCACAGGGAGUAUGCCGCCGCGUAUAUUGAUGACAUUGUGAUCCACAGUGCCGACUGGGAGAGCCACCUGAGGAGGCUGGAGACCGUGCUGGGGGCGCUCCGGGAGGCUGGGCUAACGACUAACCCCGCUAAAUGCCGCCUGGGCCUGGAGGAGGCCGAUUACCUAGGCCACACGGUGGGACGAGGGUGCAUACGACCCCAGAGCCGGAAGGUGGACGGAAUCGCGAACUGGCCACGACCCACCACCAAGAGGCAAGUUCGCACCUUCCUGGGACUCGUGGGAUAUUAUAGGCAGUUCAUCCCGGACUUCGCGUCUAGAGCAGCCCCACUACACGACCUAACAAAAAAAGAGCAAGGCCACACCGUGAAAUGGUCGGAGGAGGCAGAUCGGGCCUUCGUGGACCUGAGGGCUGCCCUGGGACAGGAGCCAGUGUUAGCCACCCCUAACUUUGCACAGAAAUUUGUCUUGCAGACCGACGCCUCAGAGACAGGACUGGGAGCCGUCCUGUCGCAGAUACAAGACGCAACGGAGCACCCCAUCACAUACAUCAGCCGGAAGCUCCUGAAACACGAGAGAAACUACAGCACGGUGGAGAAGGAGUGCCUGGCCAUCAGAUGGGCAGUGGGUAAGAUGAGGUAUUACCUCCUAGGCCGGGAAUUCAUACUAAUCACUGAUCAUGCCCCCCUGACCUGGAUGUAUCGGUGCAAGGACACCAACGCCAGGGUGACCCGAUGGUUCCUCGAACUCCAAAAUUUUAAAUUCAAGGUGGAACACAGGGCGGGGAGGCUCCAGGGAAACGCGGAUGCACUGUCGAGGAUGAAUGAGGGCCUGUAUUGUAACGCUCCCGCCGAGGGCUGGGAGCUGAGGGGGAGGAAAUGUGGUGGCCCGACCAGGGAUCGGUACACCACUGGGGUGGAACGGCCCGUGCGCCGGCGCCAAGAGUUGGGGAUGCUGAUUCAAUCUGAAUAUUUUCCCCUGUCCUAUCUAAGGGAACGAAUGGCCGAGCUUCACCGCUGA